AUGAUCCUGGAGCUGCCGUCGAUCUCGCAGGUCCACACCCGCGGUCCUGCUGACGUCCCCUGGUACAACCCUCACGCGGCGGAACGACCGUUGUUGCCCGGCGACAAACUCCCCGCUCUCAGCCUGCCGACAGCCACCCAAGGCCUCUCCCGAACCGCCUAUCACGAUCCAUCCGUGACAAAUUCCAGUGCUCGCACAAGUCUGUCAGGUGCCUCCAUCCCAAACGAGCCCAGGAGCCCGCCCACGGACCUAUCUGGGACCCAGGGCCGGCUUUCUCUAGAUUCCUCCACGUCAGAGUACAGUCUUCCGCCGUCGGUCAACGAAGGGUACUAUCCUAGCCCGACUUCCCUUGGCAGCAUGAGCCACGCUCAGCCGUACAUGGACGUCCACUCUUCGCACAUGUCUUCUGCUCAAUCAUACCCCCCUCAAGGCACAACCGCUGGCGCAAUGUCCCACUAUCAGUACCACCAACAACCCCCAGUGAUGCAACCCGCCUCAUCUUAUCAACCAGCCCCUUAUUCUCAGUAUGGAUACCCGAAUGGCGUGACUUCCCCACCGACGGGACACCCACCCAGCACUAUGGGUGGUCAAAUGCCCACUCAACUGCUGCCCUUGCCUGGUAAGAUGCAAAGUCAGAAUGCGGUUGAUAAUUAUUCUGAUCGUUAUCAAGUGAACAAUCACGGCGUGGCUCCUGCUGGUGGCUAUGGAAAUACCACUGGUUCCCCGCUUCAAGGAUAUGUUUUCGAUCCCACGGGUCAAGUGGCACCCCCGGGUGCUAAACCACGGGUCACCGCCACUUUGUGGGAGGAUGAGGGUAGUCUGUGCUACCAGGUGGAAGCAAAGGGAGUUUGCGUUGCUAGACGAGAGGAUAACCACAUGAUCAAUGGCACAAAGUUGUUGAACGUGGCAGGCAUGACCCGUGGACGACGUGAUGGAAUCCUAAAAAGCGAGAAGCUCCGCCACGUUGUGAAGAUUGGACCAAUGCAUCUCAAGGGUGUCUGGAUCCCAUUCGAGCGCGCCAUGGAAUUUGCCAACAAGGAAAAGAUCACUGAUCUUCUUUAUCCGCUCUUUGUGCACAACAUCGGUGGUCUGCUCUACCACCCAGCCAACCAGACGAGAACGAACAUGGUAGUGCAGGAGUCCCAGCAGCGACGCAUGGAAGGCCCUCCCCAUGGUCCUCAGCGCACGCCUACAGGUCCCCAGCAACAUCCAACUCACCACCACCACUCGAUUCAAACGCCCAUGUCCUCGCAUAUGUCUCAGGCCCCAAUGAGUGGCCAGCCCGGCGCUCGCCCAGGCCUUGAGCGCGCGAACACGUUCCCCACUCCACCAGCCAGCGCAUCCAGCCUAAUGGGUGUGCCCAACCAAGGCAGUUCAUACGAAUGGGGAGGCCAAGUGCCCCACACCCAGCCCAUGUCCAUUGACACAACGCCGAGCCACCAGCGCUCAAUGCCAACGACCCCAGCCACGACCCCACCAGGUAACAACAUGCAGGGCCUACCAUCCUACCAAGGACAAGGGUACGAGAGCAGCAAGCCCUACUAUUCUGCGGCCCCCCAAUCCCACGCCCAAUACGCCCCCCACACCCCCCUGACCCAGUCAGGAAUGUCCAGCUAUGGCCAAUCCCUACCAAGCACCUAUAUGAAGAGCGAGAUGGCACCUCCAAACCCCCGAACGGGCGCCUCAGAGCCAGAAUCUGAAGAGCGCCAAGGAGACCGCUACCAGCCCGGCGAACAAGAACAUAGCCAGGACUACAUCCAGGACCACAACCCCGGCUACAAUUCCAACCGCGGCUCCUACACCUACACCACCAACCCCUCCGUCUCCUCCCUGACCGAGCACGCCCAACUCACGCCGGAGAUGACCAGUGCCGGACCCCCUCCCCACUGGGCCUCGGGAUACAACACUCCCCCGCGCCCCGCGGCCGCAACAACCUUGUACAACGCCGUGAGCGACACACGCGGCACGCCUGCGAAUGGGACCACUGACCCGUAUUUGGCGUCGUCCUCGGCGCCCGUGUACGCAACCAACUCGCUCAGCGCGGGCAGCAAGCGCAUGCGCGACGACGACGAGGCAGUCCGCCCCGAGAGCACGAAUGAGUAUGAGACGUCCAAGCGGCGCAAGACCAUCACCGACUCCACGCUCGGUGGACCGGUCGGUGGGCCUCCCAUUCUGCAGCCCAUGAAGCCUAGCAGUGUCAUGGCACGCCAUCGGUGA